CUGUGUCGCACUCUCUACCGCUUCCCUCUGCUCUCAGUUCUUGUUGCGUCUUGCACCGACUGGUCGCGAGUGUAUCUCUUCCCUGGCCUUAGAAGGAGCACUUAAUUUAUAUAUUUUCUUCGCAAGCAUAAAAUAAACGAAACGAAUAGAAAAUGGGAGUGGAAGGCUGCACCAAAUGUAUCAAAUACCUGCUUUUCGUCUUUAAUUUCAUUUUCUGGCUGGCUGGAGGAGUGAUCCUUGGAGUGUCCCUGUGGCUCCGACAUGACCCCCAGACAAGCGAGCUGAUGGGAUUACAGCUGGAUGACAAGCAGGCCCCCAGCACCUUCUAUAUUGGUGUGUAUAUUCUGAUCACCGUGGGAGCUGUCAUGAUGUUCGUCGGGUUCCUUGGUUGCUAUGGCGCCAUCCAGGAGUCGCAGUGCCUGCUGGGAACGUUCUUUGCCUGCCUGGUGCUCCUGUUUGCCUGUGAGGUGGCUGCUGGAAUCUGGGGCUUCAUCAAUAAGGAUCAGGUCACUCAGGAAAUGAAGGACUUCUACGACAACGCUUAUGCCUCGGCCACUUUGCCUUCAUCGAUUGGAGCCGCUAUUUCAGGGAAAGACGAGAAAAGGGAGAAAGCAGAGGGUGUUCUGAAGGUCUUCCACAACACGUUGCAAUGCUGUGGUACUAAUAAACUCACACAAGGCUUAAUGCUGACAAGAGGAGUGUGUCCCAAGAUGGACUCAUUGAAGGACCAGCUCACACAGGCCAGCUGUCACUACCGUAUUGAUGAACUCUUCACCACUAAGCUCUACCUAAUCGGGAUCGCUGCGUUGGUUGUGGCAGUUAUCAUGAUCUUUGAAAUGAUUUUCAGCAUGAUCCUGUGCUGUGGAAUCCGGAACAGCUCUGUCUACUAAACCUGAAGAAGACGUACAGCUGUCCUUCCUUUAUAUGCCAUAGAAUGACCUAAGAAAAGUGUUUGUUUUCUUUUAUUUUGGAUCACAGUUAGCCGCUUGCGCUUAGUUUUCAGUCUUACUAAUUCAACAAGUAAAAAUCCCAGUUGCAAAGCAUUGUGCAUUUGUAGCCUUUCUCGUGUUAUCAGCUGGGUAUUGCUCAACGCAGGAGUCCCAAGAAACCCGCAGUAUGACCUUUUUUUAUUAUAUUUCUUUAUAGUUUGGUAUUUUUUUUUAAAUCUGUAAUUACAUGUUUAGGGUUUUAAAAGCAGUUUGAUUUGGGGGUUUAAAAUUCAGCACAGGGAUAGGUAACCCACACUGAACCCAUGCUGUAUAUCAUGGUACAUUAAUCACAUUUCGAAACCCGCAUUAGAAGUAUCGGUUUGUAGGACGUACUGCCUGGUCAGCUGGGGACUUGGUGAAGUAUCCCCAUGUCCAUUAGGAAUGAGGAAACUGAUUUUCCCCCUCGCUGAAGUUGAUCCACGCUGAGCUGAUGUCAUGCUGCCCUGCUUUUUGGUUCUGGCCUGACUCUUGUCUCAUGCAUUCAAUAGUUCUGUAUUAAAUCUAAUCUAUAGAGCCACAGUAGCAGCAAUACAGUCGCUGUUGAUGGAAGACCUUAAAGAAAUUGAGUAAGGCAUGUGGGAUUCAAGCGAGCAGCAUGUGUGUGUGUGUGUGUCUGAAGGAGACAGGGAUGUACAGUCAGGCAAGCUUUUAGGGUCACCUGGGGUUUCUGAGGAUCCUGCGCCAACAAAACAUAGGCUGGUAAAAAAUCUGCUGUGUCAAACUGUGCAAGCCUUUGUAAUUGAAGCAUAGCAAAUGGAUAGCAUUGCUCCCAAAAAAAAAGACUGCUUGCAACAGUCAUGCUGCCUAGUGUAUCCGUGUGCAAUGGGUAGAGCCUUUGUGUUUUUUUUUUUGUUUUUUUUUAUAUAUACAUAUUGUACAGUAUCAAAAACAGACAGCAGCAGUGUUGUUUUGAACCCCUAGGCAGUGCUAUAAUACUAGAUCACUUUUAUACAGAAGCGCACCCUGGUGGAUUGGGACGACAUUGCAGCCUUUUGUUGUGUGUGUUUAUCUGAUAGACAGGGAAAAAAAGGAAAAAAAAAAUAAUUGUACCUAAAUCAGUUCGUCGUGUGGUUCUUACAUUCAUUGAUGGCAAGCCUGGCUCGUUAACACUUAGAAUCUAUGCAUAUUCAAAACUGUAACAUAUACAGCUAUAUAACAUUGUCAUGUAAAAAAUGGAAGCUGUUUUGUUUUUUGUAGUAGUAGUAUUUUUUUUCUGGUACUGUGUUAUUAAAAGAAAAUAAAGAAAGAGCAUGGAUUUUAGUCCGGUUGGGUUGGGUUUGAAUAGCUGUUCAAAUUCCCUUUAUUCUCCCUGUGACUAGACUGUGGAUGUACCAAUGCUUGACCCCCAUCUGCACUGCAGCCCUGAACUCUAACCACUACUCGCACUCUGCACUGUAUGAAAAGACUGGCUUCCCACUUCAGCUUGAUUAUCGGAGUAUGCCCAAGACAGCGUUGCAACUACCUAAUUCCUAGUCUACAGAAAGCAUCCCUUUUCUACCAUAGCCCUCUCUAGUUAAAGGUCAUUGUCUGGGUUUUACCUUUUCCUAAUUCUUUGUACGGUUUCCACUCUCACAUAGCGAUUCAGCAUGUGCUUUAAAACAUGAAUGUAAAAAAAAAAACUACAGAGAUCUUCAGAACAAACCCAAUCUGCCGUCUAAAAACGAAGCUCCUGAAUUUUAUUAUUUUUGUUUGUUGGUUUUUGUUUAUUUUCCACAUAUUUAGGAUUAAAUGUAUUUUACAAAUAAUGCAUGCCAGUGAUGGGCUAUUUUUUCAGUUGUGUUCUAUGUCCUUAUUAAUACGUUGCAUUAAGAAUGCAGGGGUUCUUGAUAACAUGUUUCAUUGAUUAGUGCCGAAUUCAAGCUGUUUCUGCAGCUUGUUCUACUGCCUUUUUGAUAGUUCUAGACACGCGUUUAAAUCUUUGUAAAACUCUCAAUUUAUAAUGGAUAGAGGUGCUAGAGUAAAACACCUGUUCAUUUUAUAAAACUAGAACCAAACACUUAAGAAAUAUAUGUCCAGUUAUUUUAAUGUGGCUUGUUUUUUUCAUUUUGAAACAUUAACAUUUUUGGUUUUCUUUCCGAAAAGAACGGAGGAGGAAACGUGUGAAAAUAUGACCCCAAGUGAAAACAGCCCUGAACAAAACGGUGUCCUUAAAAUGUUGUGAACAGGGCGGACUGGUCAAAGCCUUGAUUUACACACACGGGUGAAUGCAAAUAACCUGUUAUUUUGCUUCUGUAAGCAAGCCAAUUUAAAAACCCAUCUGGUUACACAUGACUGUGUGAACAACUUCUUGUGUGCUGUCUUUGUUGCAAACACCCCGUGCUGGAGGUGAUAAGUUAAUGUAGAAAACGAGUAAGACAGUUUGUUCUAACUAUUUCAAAACAACUGGACUAUAUUUAAACGAAAAACAAACAAAUAUAUUCUGUAUAUGUUUGAUAUGUUUCAUAUAUUUAAAAUAUAAGUGUGUAUUGUAAAGCUAUAUAUUUUAAAUGUAUAGUGUAAUUUUUGAAUAUAUCAUUAGUUGAUUUUUGUUUUUUACUUCAUAUGAAAUUAUCAUUUUAAACAUUUUAGUUCAUAUGCAAUUUCGUUAACGUAAAAUACACUUUUCAGAGACCUGACCUCCGUUGGGUGCAGAUAUCUUUGCAAGCGACUUGAGACCCAGCAUUGUGAGAGUAAUCGGUCUCCGUACUGCAGUAGAUUAGGAGGGAGCUGAUCUGUCACCGCAACCAACUACAGCAUGUGUUAGGGGGUUCAGAUUUUAAGAAAUCAUCAACGUUUCUGUAGUUAUUUUUAUAAAAAUGAAUCUGUAUAAUUUUUUCCCCAGAAUAAAGUCCAUUGCAUUGGGCAUCCCUUCCACCUUCCAUCAUUUACCUUGCCUAACCCAUAAACAAUGUUUGCAUGGAGAUUACACCCUGCGUACACUGACCGCAUUUCCAUUUGCUUUGAAAAGAGUUGAGACCAAGCGAAACCUAGCCAGGACUGUCUCGUGUGAUCAGAACAGAGGCAGAACUAAUGCUUUUGAUUUGUAUCACUGGGAUUCUAAUUAACUAGAAGCCAGAUAAUAGUGAUUGCUGCAGCACACCCAGUUCAAACAAUGCAGAGAUGUCAAACCCCCCUUGCAGAAACAAGCUUGGUGCUCUUGGGAAUGUGCGCUGGCGCAGAGCCACUGAUCACAGGUGAAGAGCCUUUUUUUUCCUCCAACCUGGCUCCCUGGUUGUUUUUUGGUUAGGGAGGAAUCCCCCUUUUAUAUGAAGUUAUAACCAGUAUGCUAACUAGAGUGACCAUUGAGGAAUUAGGGUUAGGGUUACUGCUGUUGUAUAGGGUUGAGUUACUAACCAUUGAUUCAACUACAUGAACCCAAAAUACGGUUUAAGGCAUUAUUUUGGAAAGUCCGUGCAUGAUGACUGAAAGUACCUUGCAGUCCAAGCGAUAGUGACAUCCCCUCAAGUGUAGCACCUAAGAAUGUUGUUCAGACAGACAGAUGGUCCAGCUCCAAACACGCAGUGAGGAAUACGUGAAACAGUUAUUGUAGUCAGUACUGUGCCAGACUGCGAUGUGGAGAUCUGAGGGAGAUACAGUGUGUAAAUGAGGCAUUGUUUUUAUCAGCCUAUUACAGUCUCAAAUGUAACGCUUGUCGAUCUGCAUCGUUUUAGACGAUCGUUUUUAUUUGUGUUGCUCGUGAUUGGAUAGUUUUAGCACCAGUGGAUUUUUAUCAUGUGUAACAGAGUGCAACUCUUUCGUGACUUGCCUGCGUGUCCGAUUUGAGUUGACAUGACAAAAUCUGAAACUGCUCGCCCAAAAACAGUGCCUAAGGACGUUGAUCAUUUCCCCGUGUUAACAGUUGAAACAGUGCCUUUCUUUUUAAAGUGCAUGUUAAAUUCAGAAUGUGUCUCGGUCUAGGGGAGAUGGACUGGAUAAGGGAGCGUUGGGGAGGAUCUGGGAUGAGACAGACCCACACCGGGGGAACCCAUAGCAACACUCAAAUAGGAAUCUGAAACAUACACACUUUGCCAGCCCUUGAACAGUCAGCCCUGGUACGCUCCAAUUAAAACCUGAUCUUAAUAAACACAGGUCAUGCCAUUCAUCUAUUGACUGAUAUGCUCUGUGCAGCAGCUGGACCAGCCUACCUGUUUCUUUAACAAGUACAGCACCAGAUAACAUUACAAAAAAAUGGCGAACGGUACAGCAGCAGAAUGGUUUAUUAAUCCAAAUAACCUUCAAAUGCACUCCUGCCAACGCCAACGUCCAUUCAAAAGGGAUUUGAUUUUAAACCCGUUCAAAUAUUGGACCUAAAAUGGUACAUCCCCUCCCGAAGGUAGACCAACAUUUGUCCAGUCUAUCUCUCUGACUGGCCCCUCUGUCCUGGAUUGCCCAGGAUCCCUCUCUCCUGUCAGGGGCUCAUCACAUGACAGUCACGCAGUAUCAUUCCUGUAUAGAGCAUGUGCCUGCUGUUGGUGAUUGAAUAUUGUACACAUUUGUAUACAGUGGUGCUUUACUUCUUCAGUAUGUAAUAAAAUAAUAAAGAAUAAAUAACACUUGUCAAA